GCCAGCUUUGGUUUGCCAAACUGUCGUCGCGAACAAAGCUUUGGCUAGGCAAAAGGGUCUGUUUUAUGCCAGCGUUCGUGUGACUAGGAACUUCGACUGCGGCAAACUCAGCGUGGAAGAAAAGGUGUCCUGUUGGCAUCCCUGGCAACAGAAACUAGUUCAAGCAUCUAAAUCAACAUUGACGAAUAAUUAAUUCAUCACACCUACGCAACACCCGCCGACUGUCGCAUCUCUAGCACCAUCGCACCAAAUGUCUGAUAACGAGUCACCCAUUGGCUCUCCAGCCAAGGAUCCCAUCAACGAGGAUCAGGACAUGGACGCCGUGGCCGGAUCUGACCACGAAUCCGAUGUCCUCUCCGAAAUUGACGAGGAUGAGUUGGAUGACUACGACCCUGCGCUGGUGAACAUCGAAGACCGUCCCAUCGACAUUGACGAAGACAACGCCCGCACGCUCAAGGCCUCGAAAAGAAAGCGAACCGAUGCUAAACCACGCAAGCCUAGAGAGGGAAGAAGAGAGAAGAAACGCCGAGAUGAGGAUGUAGCCAUGGCCGAUGGCUCUGAUGGGGAUGCCCCUUCCAAGCCUGCCAGACGGCGAGCUGCUGCUGGUGCUGGCGCUGGCGAGCGUGCGCCCAAGGAGAAGGCAUCCUCACCCGAACCCGAAAAUGAAGAGAACCUCACACCAGAGCAAAGACGCAAGAGAGCUAUUGAUAGAGCGCUGGAUUCAGCCUUGAAGAAGCCCGGUGGCGCAGGCAAGCGUCGCCGCAAGGACGAAAUUGAUUUGGAAGACGAAAUCGACGAGCUGUUAGUUGAUCUCAAGGUACAGAUGGAAAAGGCCUGCCAGGCCGACAACGAAGCGCGUACUGCCGGAAACGCUGCCGUGCACAAGCUGAAGCUGCUCCCCCAAGUCAAUGGUAUUCUGAACCGCAACAACGUACAGCAUGCUGUGCUUGAUCCCGACACCAACUUUUUGCUGCACGUCAAGUUCUUCCUUGAGCCCCUCAACGACGGAUCUCUGCCCGCCUACAAUAUCCAGCGCGAUAUCUUCACAGCGUUGACCAAGCUCAACAUUGAAAAGGAAGCACUUCUCAGCAGUGGCAUCGGCAAGGUUGUUCUCUUCUACACCCGCAGUAAGAAGCCCGAGCCCAACAUCAAGCGCAUGGCAGAGCGUCUCUUGGGAGAAUGGAGCCGUCCGAUCCUUAAGCGCACCGACGACUACAAGAAGCGCCACAUUGAGACCCGCGACUUUGAUUACCAGGCCGCCAAGCUUGCUCAGAGACAAAAGAUGGGAUCGCAGUACAGCGUUCCGGACCGCUCGUCGCAGUCUGCCGCUGACAUCGAGCGUGAACGUCUGCUGGCGCCUGCGCGUGUCAACAACCAGGCUCGUAUGGUCAAUAUGCCAGCUAGCUACUCGAUUGCGCCUCGCAGCACGUUUGACGGAGCCAGGGGAUCGGAGCAUCGCCCUCUGGGCGCCAACGGUAUGGAGGCUUUCCGCAAGAUGACACAAAAGAACAAGAAGAAAGGUGGCGCGUGAGGGAGCCACAUGAGGGUAUUACUGCUGUUACUUGCGCAAAAGCAACCCGGGAUAGUCACAGGGGCUGUUAUAUGGCGUUUUUUGCUUUCUUUCUUCCAACAUGUAUUUUGUCGUUUGUUCCUUAGCACGACGUAGCUACCCCGGGUUGCCUUUCUUGGUCUUCUUUCUGUGAUAAUAUAAUUUUGGGUGUUGAACCUGGUUUUUGAUACUGCGAGCGGUGUGUCUAUAAAGGUUGUCCUUUGGCUGCCUCUCUUUUACACAGAAUUAUCCUGAGAUGCUUCUACAGAAUAGAAUACUACAUACUACUAUCAAAAGCUUUCUUCAUCUCAUUUUGAUCAUCUUACGAUUUCUCUUACAACUUGCAGUAAUACUUGCACACACACACACAUAUAUGCAGCAGUGGCACACACACUCAAACUGAUGGUGGUAGUGGCACUCAGCAGCCACCCACAUAGUAAACCUGUUAACUGGAGCCUAUUGCGUC